AUGCCACCCCGCAAGAAGGUAAACUCCGGGCGGGAGGUGUCUCAGUCAGUGUCUCAGUCGAUCGUACCAGAGCAUUCGCAUAAGAAGCGAUGCUGGGAUCUAGUAGAUGCCCCUUCGUUGUCUCGCAGUCAGGGAACUGGGACUAUAAAGAUGGAUCCGAACAGCAUUCACAAACCGUUACGCCGGUCAGCAAGAUUACAAGUAACAGCUAUACCAGAGCAAUCGGAACAAGAACAGAACCAUACAUCCUCAUCUUUACCGAAUAAAUUCCAAAGACCAAGAUCGAAAACUGUGCCGACGCAACCACGGGAUUGGAAGAUACCAAAACGGAGGCCGGUAUUAGAGGAAAAAGUAAUUAGCCCUCCAAAACGACGUAGAAGGAAAUCGACCUCAGCACGAAGGGACCAGAUACCUUCCUUGUUACCAGCCAUAACCUUCGAGGGCGAAGACAUAGAAGGCGAAGAAAGCGAAGUCCGCGAUUCCGACGGUGUACUUUGGGUAAAAAUGCCAUUCGUAUCGCCUGAAGACAUUUAUAACUUCUCAGCCGAGUUUUACAUUGCACCACCUCGGAUAGUCGAAGUUAACACCGCCGUCGGCCCACCACCAAUAAUUGUCCGCUUACACAUCGUAGACAAGAAGACCGGACAGGAAGUACCGUACGAUAACGAUCCCGAAAGGUACUACUGGGCUAUGGCGAGGGUACUCCAUGAAGACCACACACUGUGCACGGAACCGGAGUAUCAGAACAAAAACCAGGCAACCGAGACUCCCAUGUCGUGGUUUCAUGAGGAACAGGAGGAAGAUACUCGGACCCCCGUUACUCAAACACCACCACCUGGCGGCCCUGUGCGCAAAUGGAAAACUUUCGUAACAUUCCCAGGUAUCCAGAUCCCAGUAGUGGGAAAAUACCGGAUAAUGAUUACCUUGGGUGUAUACAUCGACCAGAAGCUGCGAGCGGCCGAUGGGAGGGAGAAAGACGAGAAAGUCUGCAAAGAACUUGUAUCGACUACUUCAGAUGUUAUCAUUGUGCAAGAAGAAGAACCGAAAGACGAUGAUGCUUCGGACCUUCUCCAGAAAAAGGAUCUCUACGACAAGUUUCUAGCGGAACGAGAUGAAUUCUUCAAACGAGAACAAAACGAAUCAUAUUAA